AUCUCUGCUUCAAAGAGUUUACAAUCUAGGGGUUGUUUGUUUAUUUUGCAGCAAGAAUUUGCUUGAAAAAAUUUCAUUUAACAAAAACAAAUUCUUAGUCUAAUAAAAAUAUUUCCAUAUUCUAUUAAACAAACAAAAAAAACAGUGCGAACAUAUGGUCUUAAGUAUGAGUUUGCAUUUGUGUGCAACACAAAAGUUCCUGGACAGAGAACCUGAAAGUGAAACUGACCAUAAGGAAAAGAGAAAUUGACUUAAUUGAAUUUAUGUUCCAGUCUCUCAUGCUAUGCUGAGCUUAGUAUCAAUAUUGAGAGAAUGUAGAGAUAGUGAACAAAAUAAAUAGAGAACAGUAAACUGGAUUUUAAAAAUUCUUUCAGAUUUAAUAAUCUAAGGUAGUGGUGGUGAGAGGUGUAGUUAUUUGUUAGCACUGUUCAUUUUUAAGGAAAAAGUCACUGUUCCUGCAAUCUGAUCAUGGGUAAUCCUGAUCUUUAGUAAUAUCCAAUACUCAGUUUGCUGGUCAGGGACCACUUUUGUUUUCUGGACUAUUGUCACAAUACUGUAUUGCUCCAUCAGAAAUAAAUACUAUGUUUACUUCUUAUGACACAUGAUACUUGGCACUUUAUUGCACCUGUCUUCGAAGACUUUCACAGCUCUUUAUGAACCAUUCUCUUCUCUCCUUGCACCAACACCCGUAAAUCGUAAGUGGCUGUGUCCAUGUUGCUAUUCUAUCAACUGGAACGUGAAGGUUGUGAUUCUCCAACGGUCACUCAGUGAGUAGGUAACUGAGUCCAGAAUAGAACCUGGGUGUCAAAUUCACAGCUAAUAUAAGUGGCAUCUGAAGUCAGUGCAGCUGCAGCCACCUCUGCAGAACCUGGGGCUCCUGACUCCCAGCCUUACGCACGAACGCUGAUACAGUCAGCUCAAAUGGGGCCGCCUGUUUUUACUAACUUCAGUGUUCUAAUGUGUUGUGGCCAUUUUGGAGCUUUCUUCAUCAAAUCAUCCAUUUAAGAUGUUUGCCUGGAUGAGUGCGACGUUCUUUGUGCCAUCAUCCUGCCUCGUGGAAGGCUGGAAUGGUGGGCAGGAAUGGUGUCCUUAGCAUUUGUUUGCCAGAAGCUGGGAAUGAGCAACGGUGGAUCACUUGAUGAUUAGCUGUUCUGUUCAUUCCCUCUGGGGCACCUGGCACUGGCCACUGUCGGAAGACAGGAUACUUGGCUAGAUGGACCUUUGGUCUGACCCAGUAGGGCCAUUCUUAUGUUCUCUUAUGCUGGUUUAUGACAUCAUCAUUGUUUCACAGUAGCAUGUGUUAUGGAAACUUUAGAGACUUAAUUGAGCCAUGGAGGGAAGUGAAGAACCAGGUCACCUCUCUGCAUAUACAAAAUGUCUGCUGUCCUAUUAGAAAGGAAAAUAGCCAAGCAUAUAAGUGGUUAUAUUAAAAUAUUUACCAGUUUGCCUUUAAACUCUUGAUGUUCUGAUGGCAAUGAAGUCAAAAGCUUAUCUUCGUGAUAUUGGAGAUUUGGGGAAUGCUUUAAAUUUCAAGAUACAAAUAUGUAAGAUAGUACUCCUCACGUACAUGGUAAGUACUAUUUUCCUAUUGUUUUGUUGGCAUUGUAUUGGGGUUUCAAGAUUUUAUUAUGGAUUGUGUUUUAUAGUUUGGGAUUGGAGAAAUUCAACUGGAAUAACUUCUCUUUGCUGCAGAAGUUGUUUUAAAAUCAUUUUUCGGUUCUCCCUUCCGCUCCCUGAGAGUUUAAAUAAAAAUAUUUUGUAUCAAAGGGGGUUUCCUGUUGUUGGAGUUGAGUAGUUUAAAAUGAGCUAUGAAACAUCUGUUAUAGAAAUAGGAACCCACGUGACGAACAAGGAUUAACCUAUUAAUAGGUUGCAUUUUCUUUAGCAGCGUUUCACUUCAAGUCUUUGUUCCUGGAGGAUUUAAUGUAUGUGGGGAGUUGGUUCAUGAGGAUUCUGCUGCUGGAAUUUCAGUAAUACGUAGGAUGAACACUUAUGAAGAAUGACUUGCACUUGUUGGACUACUAACUGCCAUUGACUUAGAAGUGGCUUAUAAAAUUGACUAUGCAGAGAUGAAGACCUUGGAAAACAGCUUUAUCUGUGGGACAUUAGCUUUUGGUUUCUAUCUGCCUUUGUUAGCAGCUUCCCUUGACACAGUUACUAUCCCAGCGCAGCUGAAGUCAGCAGUGGCUAAGGUUUUGGUCAGCACCACAUCCUGCAGUGUCACCUGUGGCCUGGGCUUCAAGGUGGAGGAGGUAUGUCAGAUUGAUCCGCAUGGCAAAAGGAGUCAUUGUAUCUUCCGCAGGUCGGACUGCCUGACCAACUGGAUCUGUGGGUUACUCCAUUUCACUGUCCCCGUUGGCAAACCAUUUGAGCUCAGCUGCCUGACCUCUGAGAUGAUUGGUGUUGGCAGCCAGGCCUUUAUCUACACCUGGAGGCUUGCCAGAGGCAUAAUCACCACAGAUGAUCUGCUUUUCAAACCUUUCAAGACCCCAAGCUAUGUCAUUAAACUUUCCCCUGCCAAAGAAUCUGAUGCAGGGACUUACAGGUGUGAUGUGCAGCUGAUGAAGACAUUCAAGCUUGUCAAGAGGAUCUACUUUGGACUUCGAGUGAUCCCUAAUGACUUAGUGGAUCUGAACUUUCAAAAAUCCUUGACUCUGGAACAGAAAUUAGCAGCAAAUGAAAAGGAAGCAAACCAACAGAAUGGCACCAGCGUCGUAGUACAAUGGCAUCAACAGUCUUGGCAAAGAAGGGCCUUGUUGGUGUUCCUGAUAGGAAUUGGAACUGGGGUGGCAGGAGGAGUGUUGGUGGGCACAGUUUUCUACAUUUUGCUGGAGGCUCGCAGGAAAAACAGAGCCACAGAGGAGUGAACUGCUUUUUAAUGUGGUCUCUUCUGACAGAAGGAUGGCUUAUUGCAAUACUUAUGCUGUCUUAGUGGCAGUAUUUCAAACUGAUGUAGGUGUGUGUUUCUGAUAAACUGAGAUUUAACUAUUAAAGCAAUAAAAUAAUCUCUCAUAAUGUGCUUGCUUUUAGUUUCAUAAGUCUGUGGUAUGUCACCACAGGACUUCGGAACCAGCAACUCCUGAGUCUUAAUGAUAGCCCUGCUGCAGACUUGGGCAAGUUACUUAGAACCUACAUUUUCAAAAAGGUCCAUUAAUUUUGGGUGUCCAACCCAGCCACCUAAGACUUGAACUUUAGGAGGGUACAGAUGAUUGUUGAUAGAGUAGACUGCUCGUUGCUCACCAGUUGCUAUCCUGCUGCCUCUGACUAGUUCAGAACAGUGUUUCCCUAGCUAGUAUUCAUUCCACUACU